AUGGACAACGAUACUAAAAUUAAUUCGCAUCAAGGCACGUGGAAAGACCUUCCGGGAAUGGAUAGAGUCCCACAAGUCCCCAGGAAAAUCCCCAUAGAUCUAUACACAAGACUUCUCCUGGACAAUGAGGCGUCUUGGAUUGCAAUGGCAAAUUUAUUUAGAGAGUGCAAUAUGGAGAAAAACAUAUGCUUCGCGUACGAGAAAGCACUUGCAAAUAAUCCGCUUUCAAGAGAUGCUCUGAUGAUGCUGGGGCCUAUUUACAGGCGGAGGAGAGACUUCCCAAAGGCGCUAGACGUAUUCCUGCGGCUGUACAAGCUCUCCCAGGGGGAAGACAUCGCUAUAGCUAUAAACAUAGCGUACUGCUACCUUAUGCUCGAUAAGUUCCUGGAGAGUCUCGCCUGGUACAAAAUGGUCUCGAAGAAUGCAUCGCAAAUAAAGGAGAAAAAAGGCUUUCUCUGGUACGGAGUCGGCGUAUUCUACGAGAGAAUGAACAACCUGCAAAUAGCAGAAGAGGCGUACGCUGCCUCCAUAAAGAUAGAGCAUACUUCAGAGUACAUCCCAGAAGUUUACUUCAGGCUCGGAGUAACGUACAAAAAGAAGGGCGCAAUAACAGCAGCGAUGGAGUGCUUCGAAUACCUGCUCCAUAACAUCUCCUCAAAGAGUCACUACCCCACGAAAGAUGACGUCCUCAUACAAAUAGCACACGCGAACGAACUGCAGUCUCGGGAGGUGGAGGCAGUUGACAUCCUGAAGGGAGUCUGCCAGCUGAAUCCCAGGCACGAAAAAGCAUCGAUGCUUCUGGCUUGGCUUUAUUACAAGGACAGAAACUGGGAAGCAGCAAGAGAAGUUCUGCGCUUGCACAGGGCAGAGACUCUCUCCGCGUUCUCCUGGUACAUCCUCGCACGCUCAGAGCAGAAACUAGAGGACUACGAGGAAGCGUACAGAUGCUAUCAUCACGCACUGAAGCAGGACAGUCAGAAUCACAUAUACUGGAACAGCCUGGGGAUACUGUACUUCAAUCUCUCGCAGUUUCAGGAUGCAAUGCGGUCGUUCAAGGAGGCAAGAAAGCAUAAUCCCGGGUAUGUAGAGGCAGUUUACAACCUGGGAGUAGUGUACGAGCAGUUUGAAGAUGCGCUGGAGAGUGCCCUGGAGAUAUACGAGGAGGCAAUUUCUAUUUUUCCGGAGGAUAGACUUGUCCUGGAGAGGAUUGAGGAGAUUGAAGAGGCGAUGAGUGGAGACGGGGAGGGUGCGUAUGCUCCCCCGGAGGUGGCACUUCGAGAUAUUCUGCCGAAUCCUGGGAAGACUCCGUACUUUCUGGCGCAUGCUUUGCUCGGGUAUAGGCCCACGGGGUUUAUCUUCUCGGCUGCGGAGAAGGAGGAGGCGGAUAAGCUUGCUGAGAUGCUGAAUAUGGAGGAGGGCGAGUGA